AUGUGGAUUAUUUCAUUCUGGAUAUUUCCCGUCAUUUCGGCGUGCAUGUGGUUAGCCAUGCUCGCUGCAAUGCUGGGAACCUGGUGCGUUCAGGGUCAACCAAUCUACCCGAGUAUGGAAUCGGGACAAACUAUCGCGUAUAUCUCCGACGUGGGUGCGCAAGGUCUUAAGCCGCUAUUCAUCACCGGCAGCGUCAUCACCGUUGUUUUCCUCGACCUCUCGUUCAUCUCCGAACGAUGGCUGCGGCAUGCUGGACAGCUCGUCCCGAAUAGAGGCUGGUUCGACAAGUCCUGUGCUAUCGGGUCUAUAUUCUUCUCUUUUGCAGGUGCUGCGGGACUGAUUCUGCUGUCAAUUUUCGACACUGUGAACCACUCGCGUCUGCACGUGUCGCAUACCUGGUCAGCGCUAUCCUUAUCUGCAUUGAAUACCUCCGUCUGGGAAUCUUCUACCGCUCGCAUCACCGUGUUCUCUUCAUCAGUUUCUGGAUCAAGGCGUUCUUCAUCGUGGUUGAGAUUGCUCUGGCAAUUGCCUUUGGUGUCUGCGGAUGGCAUCGCCCUCAUCGCAGGAACGCAGCGGCUGUGCUUGAUCAUUGCCCUGGUCUUCACCUUCUACGUCCUUUCGUUCAUCAUCGACCUGCUCCCGUCCGUCCGCACGCGAAACCACGUCCCGCAAGGUGAGAAGCGUAUUGACACACCCCGGUCCGAACAGCCCGGGAUGGUAUACGAAGAGCCCCUGACGCAAGAUUCGAUGGGCCCGAACGCGAACACGAGCGCCAACUACUACCGCGAGCCUCGCUCUCACCAUUUCUGA